AAACCACGCCGCACACUGCUUGAUUGCUGCCACCCAUUUUUGUCGUAAUCGGCCGCACUUCGCACCCGACUUGAUUCCCCCACCUCCCUCCCACCUCGACAUUUUUUCCCACAACGAACAAUCCAACUUCACCUCACAUCGCCUCGCCUCGGAACCAAGAUCCCAGUCACACGACAGGUCUCACCGAUUCGUAGCAGACAACCGCCACCAGAGAAAGAGAAGGAGCAAAGGAUCCCGGAACAGCAGUCAGCACAGAAGAGAGCAGCCGUUUCCACCGAACCCGAUAUCGCGCUUGCGCAUACCUCACCUCGACGACAGACUCCACGCCCUCUCCCCCGCCCAUCCCUCGCGCGAGAGAGCGUGAGAAACAAACACCUGCCUCGCCGACCGCAACUCCCCUCUGCCCACCGAGGACAAAGCCGCCAAAACGGAUUCCGGAAGCCAGAACGCCGCUCGCGCUCCCAGCGCUGAGCCCACUUCUCCCACCUCCCCGACCGGAUCACAGGCCUCGCCGCGCUUUCACCGGCCCAUCAUGCAGGCAAUGCCGGAUAACCGACAACAGUCUUUUGACGAAAUCUACGGCCCGCCGGAGAACUUUCUCGAGAUCGAGGUCCGCAACCCCAGAACCCACGGCAUGGGCCGCAGCAUGUACACCGACUACGAGAUUGUCUGCCGCACCAACAUCCCCGCCUUCAAGCUCCGCGCCUCGAGCGUGCGCCGCCGCUACUCCGACUUUGAGUACUUCCGCGACAUCCUCGAGCGCGAGAGCGCCCGCGUCACCAUCCCGCCCUUGCCCGGCAAGGUCUUUACGAACCGCUUCAGCGACGACGUCAUCGAGGGCCGCCGCGCCGGCCUCGAAAAGUUCUUGCGCAUCGUCGUCGGACACCCGCUUCUGCAGACGGGCAGCAAGGUCUUGGCCGCUUUUGUUCAAGAUCCCAACUGGGACCGCAACGCGUGGUGACUGAAGCUCCGCGUCAGCUUCUCCUCGUCUGUCACGAGAUCACCGAAUAAACUGCGCAAGAGGCCGCCCAAGCACCAUCGCACCGACACGCAGCUCGAAGAAGGGCUGACCGCAAAGGGCUCCAUCUCUUGUGAAUGAAACCCCUUUGAACGCCUGGGUUAUUGUUUGGAACCUGGGACGUGGGUGGACCCUGGGGUGUGUGUGUGGUUUGGACAAAAAUUGAAGGGUGGUAUAAAAGCAAAUGGGGGGUUUCAGUCAAUGCCCAUGAUCAUUGUUUGUGCGGGUUUUUUCUUCUUUUUUUUUUCUGCUAGUUUCUUCCUCAUCGUAGUGUUUAUUGCGUGUUGAUGUUCAACUUUCCACUUUUUGCAAGUUUGAAAUUCCUACCCCCCUUUUUUCUUCCGCUUUGCGCCGAACAGCACCACAGAAUGCCGC